GUAUUUUAUUCUUUUAAAUAAACUGCUGUUCUCUCACAGGUGAAAGUCAUGAUCACGCUAACAGAACUCAAAUUCUUAGCAGAUGCUCAGUCAUCCUACCACAUACUAAAACCAUGGUGGGAUGUCUUCUGGUAUUACCUCACCAUGAUAAUGCUGCUAGUUGCUGUGCUUGCUGGAGCACUCCAGCUUACUCAAACCAGAGUGUUGUGUUGUCUUCCUUGCAAGCUAGAAUUUGACAAUCAUUGUGCCGUGCCUUGGGAUUUAAUUAAAACCAACCUUAACAUGUCUGCUAGCUCUACUGCACAGAUAAUCAUCCCACUUAAAAUCCAGAAUGAUCUCCAUCGGCAACAGUAUUCCUAUAUUGAUGCAGUAUGUUAUGAGAGACAGCUUCAUUGGUUUGCCAAAUUUUUUCCGUACCUAGUGCUUCUGCAUACCUUUAUUUUUGCAGCUUGCAGUAAUUUCUGGCUUUACUAUCCUAGUACAAGUUCCAGGCUUGAGCACUUCGUAGCAAUUCUUCAGAAGUGUUUUGAUUCUCCAUGGACAACGCGUGCCCUCUCAGAAACAGUUGCUGAGCAGUCUGUGAGGAAGUUGCCAGUUGCCAAAUCAAAAGCAGUGAUUUCAUCGCCUGGGAGUUCAGUAGAUGUAGGUGCCAGCAGACAGUCCCUGCCAUAUACACAACCUGGCUUGGAAACAACCGGAAGAGAAACUUCUUCAAGUGUUCUUGACAAAAAAGAAGGAGAACAGGCUAAAGCUAUAUUUGAAAAAGUGAAGAAAUUCAGAGUGCACGUUGAAGAGAAGGAUGUCAUAUACAGAGUGUAUAUGAAACAGAUCAUAGUCAAAGUCAUUGUGUUUGUAAUAAUAAUAAUUUAUGUUCCCUAUUAUUUAUCCUUUAUUAAACUUGAAAUUGAUUGCAUAGUUAAUGUACAAGCCUUUACAGGCUACAAAAGGUACCAGUGUGUUUAUUCGCUAGCAGAAAUUUUUAAAGUUUUGGCUUCAUUUUAUGUUGUUUUGGUGAUCUUCUAUGGCUUAACUUGUACAUAUAGCUUGUGGUGGAUGUUAAGAAGCUCACUUAAGCAAUAUUCUUUUGAGAAGUUGAGAGAGAAAAGUAACUACAGCGAUAUACCUGAUGUAAAGAAUGACUUUGCAUUUAUUCUCCACUUGGCAGACCAGUAUGAUCCUCUUUAUUCCCAACGAUUUUCAAUAUUCUUGUCUGAUUUGAGUGAAAACAAACUGAAACAGAUCAAUCUGAACAAUGAAUGGUCAGUGGAAAAACUGAAAAAUAAGCUAGUAAGAAAUUCCCAGGACAAGGUUGAACUGCACCUUUUCAUGUUAAGCGGUCUUCCAGACAGUGUCUUUGAACUGACAGAAAUAGAAGUCCUAAGCUUGGAACUUAUUCCUGAAGCGAAGCUUCCUUCAGCUGUGACCCAGCUAGUCAAUCUCAAAGAUCUCAAUGUUUAUCAUUCAUCAAUAACUAUGGAUUUUCCAGCAGUGAGCUUUUUAGAAGAAAAUCUGAAAACGUUGCGUCUGAAAUCUAGUGAGAUGGGAAGAAUUCCAUUUUGGGUGUUUCAUCUGAAAAACCUCAAAGAAUUGUGCUUAACAGGAUACUUCAUGCUUGAUCAUCACAACUCCAUUUACAAUGAAAGCUUUCAGGGGCUAAAAAAUCUAAGAUCAAUUCACUUAAAAAACAACCUUUCUCGCAUACCUCAGGUGGUUACAGAUCUGCCUUCUUUGCAACACUUAUCUAUCAACAACGAGGGGAAUAAACUCAUAGUGCUAAACAACUUGAAGAAGCUUGUGAAUUUGAGAACCUUGGAAUUAAUCUGCUGUGAUCUGGAGCGCAUUCCUCAUUCCAUUUUUACCCUAAACAACUUGCAUGAAAUUGACUUAAGAGAAAAUAAUCUCAGAACCGUGGAAGAAAUCAUUAGCUUUCAACACCUUAAGAACUUGUCUUGCUUAAAGUUGUGGCACAACAGUAUUUCAUAUAUCCCAGUGCAAAUUGGUGCGUUAUCAAACCUGGAACAAUUGUAUCUAAAUUACAAUAAUAUUAAAGAUGUUCCAUUGCAGCUGUUUCUUUGCAAAAAGUUACAAUAUUUGGAUCUUAGCUAUAAUAAGCUAACCUCCAUCCCUGAAGAAAUCGGUUAUCUGAGCAACUUACAGUACUUGGCUUUGACUAAAAACCAUAUUGAAAUGUUGCCUGAUAGACUGUUCCAGUGCAAAAAGCUGCAAUUUCUUCUUCUAGGAAAUAACAGUCUGAUGAAUUUAUCCCCUCUUGUGGGCCAGCUACUGAAUCUUGUUCACUUAGAGCUCAUUGGAAACUAUCUUGAAUCGCUUCCCACUGAACUGGAAGAAUGUCAGUUCCUAAAACGGAAUAGUCUAAUUGUAGAAGAAAGGUUGUUAAAAACGCUUCCACCUCGUGUAAGAGAUCGCUUGCAGACCAGCUCAGAUAAGUGCUAAGCUUGAACUAAAACUCGGCAUCAGUGCAUCCUGUAAGCCUUCUUGCUUAAUACUCUCUAAAGAUCUGUAUAGAUGGAGAGAAUAGCAGUUUACAGAUUAGUCUUAAAUGCAUUGAACAGAGUUGAUUGUAUUGGGAAAGAAAAACAUACUUAAAUGAAAAAUACAGCCUUUGACAGGUAAUCAAAUGUUUAGAAAAUCUGAAAUAUGAAUUGCUGGUUGGAUUCUACUGGUUGAAAUAAUUUGGUUAAAUGCUAAUGUAUUGGAAUGGAAGAGUUGAUUGCCUGGCUAUUAUGAGUUUGUAUAUACUUUCUUUCCUAUGAGGAAACUUUUUGCUGUUGGUAGUGAUAAUUUUAAACAGUUUCAUCUCCUGCCAUACGAGGCCUAAGAACUAUCUGGAAUUAGUUUCUAAAUGCAAAGUCUUCACUAACUUAGAAUGCUAAAUAAAUUUAAACUUUUGGAGCAGUUCAAUUGCAUGGGACAUACUGAGAAUCUUUUUCACGGUACCUUAAUUUUUGGAGGUUUUUGACAAGUACUGAGUGUUAAUGCUAUAAUUGUGGAAGAUGCUAUUUAAAUCUUCCUAGUAAAGCCAGUUGGGCAACAAUACCUGAAACCAGUUUCAAUAUUUUGUCUUAAAGAUAGUAAGUGCAAAACAAAACAUUGCCUAGAAAUUUGGACGAAUCAGGACAAUCUAGAGUAAGUGUUGUGCAUGUGUACUAAUCAAAUUUUACAGUACUGAUCAUAAAGUUGGCAAACAGCACAAAAUUAUAAAGUUGUCUUCUGUAUGUUGUGAGCAUCCCAAGUGUUAAGUGUAAUGUAUGUUGCAAUUUAAUAUUUUUCAAUAGCCUCUCAUUUACUGACUGCCUCAAUGUUUCUUCUCCAUGCCCAGUUAUGAUAUUUUAGUGGCUGGGAAGAGAAUGAAAGAGGUUUAAGACUGAAAGACACAGUUAGAACAUACCAAAUAAAUCACAUACUUAAUAAGUACUUGAGAAGGAAAAAUAAGAAUUAUAAGCCUUGUCUCUUCUGGGAAUGGAAUAACUUCAUAAAUUACAGUGAUGAAAUUAGUUCAUAUGCCAUCCUUAAUACUUCCAACACUGGAUGGAAAUAAAAUGGUUCCUGACUUCAUUCAUUCUUCUGCUGUGCACUGUUUUAUUGUGUUUGGAGACUUAACUCUGGAGACAUCAUGUUCACUUUGACAGUUCUCCCUCUGGUGGGGGUGUUGGGGGGGGAGGGGAGGGAGAAGUAUGCAUUCCCAAACCCUUAGACUUGAAAGCUUCUUUGUAGUAUCUUGAAGUUCUUGAAAACAUAAUCUGCUACAGUGAAAUCGAUAAGUUAAACUGUGCUCUUAACUACUGCGUUUUCAUCAAGUGUGCUAACUAUGCAUUCUGGUUUGUAAACAUAAGUAAUCACAGAUAAGCCAGUUCUAGUACUAGGGUGCUUCUAGUCAUCUCUUCCCAUUUCAGUGUCACUUACAUGGAGAAUAAGGUCUGUUUUGAAAAUAGAAGCAAAUCUGAUCAGUGUGAAAGCAGGAGAUAUCUCUAUAGUAGCAGUGCAAGAGGUAUGUUUAUUCACUGUACUGAUGGUGUUCCAAAGACUUCUGUAGAUAGAACACUUUUUUUUCUCAGGGAGCCAAUGCGUUGUAACUUAUAUUUUAUGUAGUUCUAGAAAUGUUUAGUGUAAGCUGAUUAACUGUAUUCAUGUGCAGACCAGUACAGCUGGAGUAAUCUUUCAUAGCAUCCAUAUGCAGCUUUCUCAAACUACUUACAUCUGAUUUUGAGUUGCAUAAUAGUUCAUAGGUAUUGAUGUGGUUUGCAAACAGCCAGUUGUGCUGGUCAUGGUAAAAAUAUGAUUUAAAUGCAGUACACUGAUAUGCACCCCUGUGGCUGGAGUUUUGUUAAUAAUUGCAGUGGAUCCCUGUCAGGACUUUGUAACUUAACACUGGAGAAUGCUUCGUGGCAGAAUUUGACACGCAAGGCUUGCAGCCAAGUAAUUUAAAAGAAAAAAAGAUUGAGCAAGUGUUUUCUUUAAGGCUUUUUUGAAAUGAGAAAGCUGUGUUGAAAGUUAAAUAGGUGUGUAUAUGGCUUUGUCCAAUACCUUCAACUUUUUAGUAGCGGAUCUGUCCCCUUUAUCAACACAACAGACAGAUGAAUGAUGAUAUCUGUGUGCAUUUCUAUUUCACUUUGACAAAACUAGCGUAAGCUUUGAAUGGUACUUCAUUUCUAAACUGCAUAACCUCCAGUCCUUUCAACCAGUAAGAAAUGCAUGAGUAUGCACUUGUUUUACAGUUUUAAGUUGCAUUUUUUUGUUCAGGAUUAUUUUUUCAAUCUGAGCCACUUCAAGAGGAUUGGAUUUUUUUUUACUGUAUGCUUGAGUGUUCACAAGACAUCCAGAGAAAGGCCAGAGUUUAAUGGCUAGAAUCUCCAGCCUUGUUUUCAAUCCGCAGUGUGCCUUUAUUACCCAUUUUGUACCAUUAAGCACAAUUCUAGUGCUUAGAAAUGGAGACAAAAACAACUCUAAAUUUCAUACACUUAUUUCAAUCAUGACCUUAAUAUUUAAUAUUUCUUCAAACUGAGGAGGUUUUCAGGGAAUCAGUAUAAAUACACUAUCAUAAGCUUUGUACAACAAGCAGUGCUGGCAUUUAGUCUUUGUAUUUAGUAAUUGCUUUCAAUCAAAAGUUUUUCAAGUUGUUUCAGUGUUGUGUUGACCCUUGUAUUGUGAUCUUCCGUAUCUUGAAUGCUUUUUUAAAAAAAAUAAAUUUUUUUGUAUUACAA